AUGGGCAUGGGCGGGCGAUUGGUGGGACCUGUAAACCUUGAAAGGGCGCCCGUCCAGCCAUCUUGCCUCUGCCAGCCAGCCAGCCCUGCGAGACACCAAGAGAGGCAGGGACCCGGGCGCGGCAUUGGCCUGGGCGAAGCUCGGCAAACGCAACGAGUGGUAGGUGGUGGUGGUGGCCGUGGCCCGUGGGUGGUGGGUUUCCGCCGGGCAGACGGCGGGCGGGCGGGCGGCAACGCGGCGGCGCAAAAAGAUGCCGGUCGGCACCCGAAGUCGCCGUUGGAGGCGCGAAGGGGGGCAGCCACAGCAGACCAGCCCAGCCCAGCCCAGCGCCCGUUGUCGCAUGUGCGCUGGCUGGUCCCUCAACCCUCACUCACCACCACGCGACCGACCGACCGCCUCAUGCAAGCCUCCCCCGCGACCGACCUGGCCGUUGCAGAACCGGGGUUUGGGACCAGGCAAGGCCCAGGGGUCGCGCUACGGCGGGAUGCACACACUGGCUUGGGCCGGGUGGUGGUUGAUUCUUAG